AAUCCAAUCUUUUCUUCUCAGUCUAAUGUCCACAGCAUCAUGUGAUUCAAUCGAAGCCCUCAAUCUAUCAGAUUUUUCUAGGGUUUCAGCCUAGUAACCCUAACCUCAAUGCUCUGGUUUCCUCGCUGGAAGUUAUUUUAGGUUUGAUACAAUUGGGAGAAUUUGAGAAGAAAUGGUAAAUUUGGGACCAAAGAAGUCUCCCUUAAGUUCAGUCAUCUUAAUUUUUAGAAUUCCUUACUAUACGCAAUGGGGACAAAGCCUGCUGAUUUCUGGCUCAGAACCAGCGCUUGGGGGAGGGAAUGUAAAACUUGGCUUGGGUUUGGUUCCAUUUCAUCAAGGAGAGGAACUUAUUUGGCAUGGAAGAAUUUCUGUGCCAAUUGGAUUUCGGUGUGAAUACAGCUAUUAUUUGGUUGAUGACAAUAGAAAUAUUUUGAGGUGGGAAGCUGGGAAAAAACGGAAUUUUUCAUUGCCCGAAGGAAUUAAGGAGGGAGAAGUGGUGGAAAUUCAUGAUCUUUGGAAGACAGCUUCAGAAGCUCUUUUCUUGAGAAGCGCCUUCAAAACUGUUAUAUUUGGUGGCGGCCUAAACUUCGAACCAGAACCACCCUUGCGAACCAAUCAGACAAAAGACAAUCAUGAAGAUUCCAUUGUUGUUGUGUUCAAGAUUAGCUGCCCAACUAUAGAAGAAGGAACAUCUAUAGAAGAAGGAACAUCUGUUUAUGUCACAGGUAGUGUACCUCAAUUAGGGCAAUGGAGGGUUGAAGAUGGAUUGAGGCUUAACUAUAUUGGAGAUUCUAUUUGGGAAUCCCAUUCAGUUGUAAGAAAAGUUGAUUUCCCAAUAAAAUACAAGUAUUAUCACAGUUGCAAGCAGCAAGAUGCUUCUUUGGAAAUUGGUCCUUACAGGGAAUUAGCGCUUGACACGACAUCAAACUCGAUUCCAAAAUAUGUUCUUCUGUCUGAUGGAUCCUUUAGGAGAAUUCCUUGGAGGGGUGCUGGUGUUGCGAUACCCAUGUUUUCUAUUAGGAGCAUCGAUGACCUCGGCGUCGGGGAAUUUCUUGAUCUAAAACUACUUGUUGAUUGGGCAGUGGAAACAGGCUUUCAUUUAGUUCAAUUAUUGCCUAUAAAUGAUACUUCAGUUCAUGGAAUGUGGUGGGAUUCAUAUCCCUACAGUUCUCUUUCUGUGUUUGCCCUGCACCCUUUGUAUCUUCGAGUUCAAGCACUUUCAGAAAAAAUUCCUCAAGAUUUGAAGCAAGAGAUUUUGAUGCAAAAGGAGGGGCUGAACGGAAAGGAUGUUGAUUAUGAGGCCACAAUGACUGCUAAAUUAGCCAUUGCAAAGAAAAUAUUCAACCUUGAGAAGGAUGAGAUACUUGGUUCCAAACCCUUCUUGAAAUUCUUAUCAGAUAAUGAGGAGUGGUUGAAACCUUAUGCAGCAUUUUGUUUUUUGAGGGAUUUCUUUGGAACAUCAGAUCAUAGCCAAUGGGGUCGCUUUUCGCAAUUUUCAAAAGAGAAGCUGGAGAAGCUCAUCUCAAAGGACAACUUACACUAUGAUGUCAUCUGUUUUCAAUAUUACAUUCAGUACCAUCUUCAUUUGCAAUUAUCAGAAGCAGCAGCUUAUGCAAGAAGAAAAAAAGUUGUUUUGAAAGGAGAUUUACCAAUAGGAGUUGAUAGGAAUAGUGUUGAUACAUGGGUUUAUCCAAACCUAUUUCGAAUGAAUACGUCUACUGGAGCACCUCCAGAUUAUUUUGACAAGAAUGGACAAAACUGGGGAUUCCCUACCUACAACUGGGAAGAAAUGUCAAAAGAUAAUUAUGCAUGGUGGAGAGCUCGUCUUAGUCAGAUGGCAAAGUAUUUCUCAGCAUAUAGGAUUGAUCAUAUAUUAGGUUUCUUUAGAAUCUGGGAGCUUCCUAACCAUGCUGCAACCGGUUUAGUCGGGAAAUUUCGCCCAUCCAUUGCGCUGAGCCAGGAAGAGCUGGAGAGGGAAGGAAUUUGGGAUUUUGAUCGAUUGAGCUGUCCUUAUAUUCGGCAAAAUAUUCUACAGGAUAAAUUUGGAGCCAAGUGGAUGGUUAUUGCUUCAUGUUUCCUUAACGAAUAUGCGAAAGAAUGUUUUGAGUUCAAGGAAGACUGCAAUACAGAGAAGAAAAUUAUUGAGAAGCUGGUGCUGAUCCCAGAGAAAUCAUUGUGGGCUGGUAAGGAAAUUGAGGUGCAGAGAAGUCUCCUCGAUCUCUUACAGAACAUAGUUCUUAUUCAAGAUCCGGAAGAGCAAGGGAAGUUUUAUCCUCGGUUCAAUCUGGAAGACACAUCAAGCUUUCAAGAUCUAGAUGAUCACAGCAAAAAUGUUCUCAAACGAUUCUACUACGAUUAUUAUUUCCACCGUCAAGAAAAUCUUUGGCGUCAAAACGCAUUGAAGACUCUACCUGUCCUGUUGAGCUCGUCAGAUAUGCUCGCUUGUGGUGAAGAUCUUGGUCUUAUACCUUCUUGCGUUCAUCCUGUUAUGGAAGAGCUGGGAUUGAUAGGCCUAAGAAUUCAGAGAAUGCCAAGUGAGCCAGAACUGGAGUUUGGCAUUCCUUCUCAGUACAGUUAUAUGACGGUUUGCGCGCCGUCGUGCCAUGAUUGUUCGACCAUGCGGGCAUGGUGGGAAGAAGAUGAGGAUCGAAGAUUCCGCUUUUAUAAAGAUGUGAUUGGCUCCAAUGAUGAGCCCCCAGCUCAAUGCACACCUGAAGUAGCCAACUUCAUCAUCCAUCAGCAUCUUUUUGCUCCAUCAAUGUGGGCAAUCUUCCCCCUUCAGGAUUUACUGGCACUGAAAGAAGACUACACAGACAGACCAGCAAAUGAGGAAACCAUAAAUGAUCCAACAAACCCUCGGCAUUAUUGGCGAUAUCGAUUACAUGUGACUCUGGAAUCACUAUUAAAGGAUGAGGAUCUGAAGAUGAAGAUUAGAAGUCUAGUGAUUGGCAGUGGAAGAGCUUACCCCACUUCUGAAGUAGAAAUAAAGAAGAAGAAAGGGGUGGAGAACAUAGAGAGCAAGAUCUGCAACAUCCAACUGAAUGUUGAUUGAUUUUAUUCAGCUGCUAUUCUCUGUUCUGUUCCUGUUAGUGUUAGAAAAUAAUAAGGCAGCUUUAUUUGUGAAGUUCAGAGCAGUCAAAAUAUUUUAUUUUCUUUCAAUAAAUCAUGUGAUGGUUUAAACCUUUAUUUUAUUUUAUGAGGUUUGUAUGAAAUGGUAAUUUGCAUACGUAGUACACGAUUCUUAUGUAUUUAUACACGUAGAACUUUGGUGAGUAUUUGACUUUUUUAGAAUUUGUAAUCGUGUUAUUUGUUAUUUGAUGUUAAAGAUUUGAGUGUUGUGUGUAAAUAUGAGAAUUUAGGUGCGAUGUGUGAAUACAUAAAUAAUGUGUGAUAUGUAUGUAAGUGCCCCAUAAAUAAAAUUAUGAGAUGAGACAUCGGUA